AUGCGGGGCCUGGAGGACGUGGACUUGCCGUUCCUGGGCUCCAAGAAGGAGAGCCAAAAGGCUCUGCGGAGAGCCGCCGGGAGACUUGGAGAGCUGAAUGAAGCUCCACGAAAAGGGGGGGGGGCGACGGUGGCCGUGGGGUCCGAGCCCAGCUCCGAGCUGAGCUUGGAUGUACAGCUGGACUACCAGCAACUGCCCGAGGCACGGCGAGAAGCCGCCGGAGGUCCGGCCUCCAAGCUGCUGGAGGAGGAGUACCGCGGCGAGCUGCGGCGCCUCGCGGGCGAGUUGGAGCAGCUGCAGCCUAACCUGAAGGCCUUCGAGCAGCUGGAGCAAGCAGACCAGGAAGCCAUGGCUGCGGAGCGAGAGGUCCAGCGGAUCAGGCAGAAGAUGGAGGUGGCGGAGCGGAGCUUCCAGGAGCUGCGGCGACAAAGGCGCGAGAAGUUCAUGGGCUGCUUCCAGAAGGUCCAGGAGGAGAUCCAGGAGGUGUACCGCAGGUGGUAG